GCGUUACUCAAUUAAAUUAAUUAAUAAUUAACUCAAAGAUGGCUGAAGGAACGUCUUCAAUGAAAUCUCGCUCUGGUGGCGGUAGUGUCUUUAAUUUAAGGUGUAAUGACCAUCCCGACGCUCAUCUUAUAGAAGACUAUCACGCCGGGGAUAUGGUCUGUCCUGAAUGUGGCUUAGUCGUAGGAGACAGAGUUAUUGAUGUUGGAUCAGAAUGGAGGACAUUCAGUAAUGAGAGAAACGCAACAGAUAGAUCACGUGUUGGUGCUGCUGAAAAUCCAUUGCUUGAUGGUCAUGAGUUGUCUUCCUUCAUUGCUCCAGUGACUGGUCGACCUGGUACUAAUGAUUCUGGGAAGUCAUUCCCUAAAUUCUCAAAGAGUGGAGUAUCAGCAGGUGACAAGUCUUUAAUGACUGCCUUUAAGGAAAUAGCCAAUAUGGCCGAUCGUCUUAAUCUUCCUAGAAGCAUUGUUGACAGAGGUAAUGCAUUGUUUAAGCAAGUUAAUGAUGAGAAGACUCUGAAGGGAAGAGCUAAUGAUGCAGUUGCUGCUGCUUGUCUUUACAUUGCGUGUCGUCAAGAAGACGUACCAAGAUCUUUUAAAGAAAUAUGUGCUGUAUCACGUCAUUCAAAGAAAGAAAUAGGAAGAUGCUUCAAACUUAUUCGUCAAGCAGCAAACCCAGCAAUGAAUACUGUAUCAACUACUGACUUUAUGUCAAGGUAUUGCACUAAUCUUGGUCUGCCAUUACCAGUCCAGAAAGCAGCUAGCUUUAUUGCACAGAAAGCUGUUGAGCUUGAUCUUGCUCCAGGACGAGUUUAUCUGUCUGUUGCUGCUGCCUCUAUAUACAUGGCAUCCCAAGCAUCUGACAUCAAGAAGACACAGAAAGAGGUUGGUGAUGUUGUUGGUGUUGCUGAUAGUACAAUACGUCAAUCGUACAGGCUCCUGUAUCCUUCCCGUCAUAAACUCUUUCCGACUGAUUUCAGCUUUGACACUCCUUUGGAUGAGCUUCCCAAGCACUGACCCAGUCGCAAUCUCUGUUAUACUGUUGUAUAUAAAAUGAAUUACUAUUUAACCAAUUAAAUUUUGUUUGAAUUUUCAUUUUUCAUGUUGAUCAAUGUAAAAAAAACACUCAAAA